UCCCGCCCCCCGGUCCCGUUCCCGCCGCCAUGUCGGAGGAGAAGCCCAAGGAAGGCGUGAAAACGGAGAACGAUCACAUCAACCUGAAAGUGGCGGGGCAGGACGGCUCCGUGGUGCAGUUCAAAAUCAAGCGGCACACCCCGCUGAGCAAGCUGAUGAAGGCGUACUGCGAGCGGCAGGGCUUGUCGAUGAGGCAGAUUAGAUUCAGAUUUGAUGGACAACCAAUUAGUGAAACAGACACACCUGCACAGCUGGAGAUGGAAGAUGAAGACACCAUCGAUGUGUUCCAACAGCAGACAGGUGGAGUGUGUUAAGACGUGCCGUCCUUUUGAGAAGAGGAAUUUAAGGAUCCUCAUCACACCUCACUCUCUCAUCUGUCCUUGGAUUUGCUAUUAAAUAGUAAACAAAUGAACAUGCCAAUCAGACGGGAUUCUUCUAAACUGUAGAGGACAUUUACCAAAAUUGCUUGUUGUCUUUGACGUACUGCGUGUGCAAGUCAAAACAGUAUCUGCAGGGAUUAAUCUGUAUCUUAAAUUGGGCCAAUUUGAUUUAAGUUCCAAUUAAGUACUAUGUGUUGUCUCUCUGCUGUUACCUUUUUUUCUUUUUUUUCUUUCUUUAAACCUGUGGCCUAAAUAUUCAUCCAUGUGUUGGGACGUGGAGUGUUCAUUCCUGGCUCUUGUCGGUCUUGCCCCUCUGUUUAAUCCUAACCAUGUAAAUAAUUCAGUAUAUUUUCCUGCCAAUUGUGAGCGUAAAAGUUUCCUUUUAAGAUAUGCCUGAGAGAAGGAGGAGAGAUGCCGAUUUUAAGUUUUUAGCGCGUGUUGCAAACACAGUUACUUCAGAAGCGUUAAGCCUAUGACACAAGGCUGGUACAUGCAGAUACGAUGCUUAGUAUAGAGUCGGAGUUUAAAAUAUUGCAGAUUUACAUGUGCUUUGUCAUACUAUGAUAAAGUCAUCUGAAAAUAUACUUUUUUUUAAUGCAGAAAUGAGAUUUGUCCUGAAUUAUUAUCAGAAAGAGAGUUAGCAGAGCAGCUGGUCCAAAAACUUAGCGCUUGUGAUAGAGCAGCAGUAUUUUUUGUUGUGCAAGCUUAUAAAAAGAGAAAUCCGUCACUGCAACUGCAGCCGUUCGCUGAGUGACAGGCAAAACCCGUCACCUUUUUCCUGCUCCCUUUAGUACGUCUCUCUAUUCCUCAGUGGGUACUAAAAGUGUGUGGGUUCAGAUUUCUUCUUAAUACUUGUUUUUGGUAGAUAAACUUGAUCUAUAAAUGAGAAGAAAAAAAAAAAAAGCCUUUUAAUGUCCCCAAGGUGUACGCACAGAAGAGCUGUCAAGACCCUGGCGAGCAAGGGAAGAGGUACACGUGUGUACGUGUGUUCAAAAAAAAUAAUAAUCUGCUCUACUUAACUGAAUUUUACGUGCGUUUGUGUGAUGGGUUUGAGCUCCACGCCAAGCGUGGAGUCUCUUCCGGAUGAAUUCUUACGCAGGCCCUGCUGUUGUCCCUGGAUCGUUUGUCCGCUGCUGCUCCGUGGGUCGGUACCUGCUGUUCACCUUUACCCGACCCAUCCGGCCACGUUAGCUCGCCUCCCGCUCACUGGCAACCUUGCUGGAAAGGCCCUUAUUUUUCUUUUUCAGUUUCUCGUACGUGGGCUGGGGUUGGGCGGCCCGUAGAUCUCGUCGUUUAUUCACCGAUUUGUACAUUUAUUUGUCGUCCUUUACGAUUGUAUACAGUAAAUAUAGUUUGGUACUCUGU